UUUUUAAAAAAAAUUUCUUCAGUUAAAAGUUCCCUAAUUCUUCAGCCACAAUCUCUUACUAAAGGAACAACUUGCCAAUUCUGCUCUGGCAGAAGAAAAUAAGGGCUUCUCAAUGGACUCUCUAGCAACAUCCAUCAACCAGUUUGCCCUGGAAUUUAGCAAAAAGCUAGCUGAAUCUGCUGAGGGUAAAAAUAUCUUCUUCUCUCCCUGGGGCAUCUCAACCUCAUUGGCCAUGGUGUAUUCGGGCACCAGAGGUUCCACUGAAGCCCAGAUGGCCCAGGUACUCCAAUUUAACAGACACCAGGACAGCAAAUCUUGUCCUGAAAGUGAAAAAAAGAGGAAAAUGGAAUUCACAUCCAGCAAGGUUGAAGGAAUAUGCUCUGACUUCCAGGCACUUUCUGCAGAAAUCCUCAAAUCCAGCCAUUCCUAUAUACUUAAAACAGCCAACAGAAUAUAUGGGCAUAAGUCAUAUCCAUUUAACAAUAAAUAUUUAGAAGAUAUGAAAAUGUAUUUUGAUGCAGAACCACAGUCUGUUAACUUUGUGGACGCUUCUGAUCAAGUCAGAAAGGAGAUCAACUCUUGGGUGGAAAGCAGGACUGAAGGAAAAAUUCUGAAUCUCCUACCGGAUGACUCUGUGGACUCCCUGACCAGGAUGGUCCUGGUGAACGCCCUUUACUUUAAAGGAAUCUGGGAACAUCAAUUUCAAGUGCAAAAUACCACAGAAAAGCCUUUCAGAAUAAACAAGACUACAAGCAAACCAGUGCAAAUGAUGUUUAUGAAAGAGAAGCUUCAAGUUUUUCGUAUUGAAAAUCCACAAGCCACAGGCCUUCAACUUGACUACAAGGGCUCUGACCUCAGCCUGCUUGUGCUACUGCCUGAUGAUGACAGCGCACUGAAGCAGCUGGAAAAGGUGGUCACCUCUGAGAAGCUGAAAGAGUGGACCAGUGAAGACAUGAUGGAAUUGUGUGAAGUGCAGCUGCAUCUGCCCAAGUUCAAGCUGGAGGAGAGUUAUGAUCUCAAGUCCACUCUGAGCAGCAUGGGGAUGACAGAUGCCUUUAGCCAGAGCAAAGCAGAUUUCUCAGGAAUGUCUUCAGAGAGAAACCUGUUUCUGUCCAAUGUUUUCCACAAGGCUUUUGUGGAAAUAAAUGAACAAGGGUCAGAGGCUGCAGCUGGCACUGGGAGUGAGGUGGCUUUUCGAAGAAGAUUCCCCUCCAUUGAAUUCAAUGCAGACCACCCAUUCCUCUUCUUCAUCAGGCACAACAAAACCAAUAGCAUUCUCUUUUACGGAAGAUUCUGUUCCCCCUAAACCCUGUGUCUCUCACCUAAUAAGACUAUCUUAUGGUGUGAAAAAUGCACCAUACGAUAGAAAACACAGUUAUCAUGAAAAUAAGUGUAGUCUACACCUCUUUUCACUUUUAAAUAAUGAUCUUGUCAUUUCUGUAUAGCUAGAGAUAAUGAAGCUUUUUAUUUUUACCACACAAGCAGCAGUUUGUCUUAAUGUGACUUUGAUUUACCUUGCAGAAAUGCUAUGUUAUUCCAUCUAAUAAUUCACAGUUCUUGAGCUACCUGAUCAUUGUAUUAAUGUCAAUUGCAUUUCACAUUCAUUGAUUAGUGUAGAAAAUAUUUAUAAAUGCAACAUGAUAUUGAAAAAUAAGACAUUUUCAAGAAUAUCAUUUGAUGACUUAAAAAUCCAACAUAAAAUUAGCUCUCCCUAUCUGUUAUUUUAAAAAAAUACUUAUAUGGACAUUAGUGAGAAAUCUAGUGAAAUGCAAGCGAAAUCCAUGAUUUAUUUAGUAGCAGUGUACCAAUCUUGAUGUCUUAGUUUUGACAAAUGUACCUUGAUAAUAUAAGAUGUUAACAUUAGGGGAAAUUGUAUUGGGGGAUGUAUGGGAAUCCUAUUAUUUUUGCAAUUAUUCUAUGAAUCUAAAAUUAUUCAAAAAUAAAAAUUUGUUUAAAAAUAA